UGUGUCCCUGUUACACACACUCAAACACAGUCACAGGAGUUAGGCAUAGUGGAUUUGGUUGGAUGUAACUGUUUAAAGAGACUGCUUUUACUGCUCUAUGAAAGAGAAAAUUAUAAAAUUCCUUUGCUGCACUCUGCCAGUGGGAACAGGAGCAGCUUUCCUGUCAUUCAGGAUACACACUCACGCAGUAUUCCGGACAUCAUGCCUCUGGGAUAUCGCUGUGGGAAACUUUGAGGGGGAGUGUUCAAAGGUGGAGCAGAAGCCUGAGCUUCUGGGACAGCACACAAGCAUUGAGCAGAAGUGGAGGUUUGAUGCUUUAGUAUUCUCUUUCUUCACAAUGGAGUUGAUUUGAUCACGACACAAAUCCACGAGGACUUAAACUUAAGUAGAAGUGAGUGUCUGCAAGAGGACUCUUUAGAGAAGUUGGUGAUAAACACAAACUUUGUCUGGACUUUAUCUGCACUGAUACCACACUCAAGAGGACUUUUUUUUUUUUUUUUUUUUUUACUGCUGCUGAGCUGGGAUAUCUUGUUGCUAGUGGAAACUAUUUAGCACCAUGGCUGGGGUCACGAGGAAGGGAUCUGGGAGACCCUCGUACUACUACAGAUUCCUCGGCAAGUCUAGGCUGCAGCGUCAGCGGAGCCGGUCCCGCAGUCGCACCAGGUCAUCCACCAACAGGGAGUCUCCUCCAGAGAGGACAGGACGCCGACGCAGCAUGCCAGGCAGCUCCUCCGACAAGACCACACCAGCCAUGGAGGCUACACCCACUGCGGGCACACCUUUCAGAGUCACCGGCUUUCUAAGUCGACGGCUGAAGGGCUCGAUAAAACGCACCAAGAGUCAACCCAAACUUGACCGCAACUCCAGCUUCAGACACAUCCUUCCUGGCUUCAGGAGUGUCGACAAUGACAGAUCUCAUCUGAUGCCAAGGCUGAAGGAGUCUCGCUCCCAUGAGUCAUUGCUCAGCCCCAGUAGUGCUGUGGAAGCCCUGGAUCUAAGCAUGGAGGACGAGGUUAUCAUCAAACCUGUUCACAGCAGCAUCCUCGGGCAGGACUACUGCUUUGAGGUCACCACCUCCACAGGAAGCAAAUGUUUUUCCUGCCGUUCAUCAGCCGAGAGAGACAAAUGGAUGGAGAAUCUGCGGAGAGCGGUACAACCCAACAAGGACAACAGCCGGCGAGUGGAGAACCUGCUGAGGCUGUGGAUCAUCGAGGCCAAAGAUCUGCCGGCCAAAAAGAAAUACUUCUGUGAGCUGUGUCUCGAUGACUCGCUGUAUGCCCGUACCACCUGCAAACUCAAGACGGACAAUGUGUUUUGGGGAGAGCACUUUGAGUUCAACAACCUUCCCGCUGUGAAGAGCAUCACGGCACACCUCUACAAAGACACGGACAAGAAGAAAAAGAAAGAUAAAAACAAUUACAUCGGACUCGUAAACAUCCCCGUUGCUGCUGUUACCGGGCGGCAGUUUGUGGAGAAGUGGUAUCCAGUCAGCACGCCCAACCCACCCAAAGGAAAGACUUCUGGGCCUAUGAUUCGGAUCAAAGCACGCUAUCAGAGUAUGAACAUCCUGCCCAUGGAGAUGUACAAGGAGUUUGCAGAGUACACCACCAAUAACUACAUGCUGCUGUGCUCGGUGCUAGAGCCCGGGAUAAGCGUCAAGAACAAGGAGGAGAUGGCGUGCGCACUGGUCCACAUUCUACAGAGCACCGGCAAGGCCAAGGACUUCCUCACAGAUUUGAUGAUGUCAGAAGUCGAUCGCUGCGGGGAGAACGAGCACCUUAUCUUCAGAGAGAACACAUUAGCGACGAAGGCCAUCGAGGAAUACCUCAAACUGGUUGGGCAGAAGUACCUGCAGGACGCCCUCGGUGAGUUCAUCAAGGCUCUGUACGAGUCAGAUGAGAACUGCGAGGUGGAUCAGUCCAAGUGUUCGUCUGGUGACCUGCCAGAGCAUCAGAGUAACCUGAAGAUGUGCUGCGAGCUGGCCUUCUGCAAAAUCAUCAACUCAUACUGCGUCUUUCCUCGAGAACUGAAGGAGGUUUUCGCAUCAUGGCGUCAAGAAUGCAGCAACCGGGGUCGACCGGACAUCAGUGAGCGUUUGAUCAGCGCCUCUUUGUUCCUGCGGUUUCUCUGUCCAGCCAUCAUGUCGCCCUCGCUUUUCAAUCUGAUGCAGGAGUAUCCCGACGACCGCACAGCACGCACACUCACACUCAUCGCCAAAGUCACACAAAACCUGGCAAACUUCACAAAGUUCGGUAACAAGGAGGAGUACAUGUCCUUUAUGAACCAGUUCCUGGAGCACGAGUGGACCAACAUGCAGCGCUUUCUUCUUGAAAUCUCCAACCCAGAGACAAUCUCUAACACAGCGGGCUUUGAGGGCUAUAUUGACCUCGGCAGGGAACUCUCCACCCUGCACUCCCUCCUCUCUGAGGUGGUUUCCCAGAUGGACCAGAGUGCAGCCUCCAAGCUCGGCCCUCUCCCCAGAAUCCUGCGAGAGGUGAACACAGCUCUGUCCAACCCGUCCAGUAUCCAGAUGACACCCGGACAGUCUACAGAGCAUAUGUGCUCACCCCCUGCUGAGGCAGGGUGCAGCAUCUCCACUGGCCUGCAGAAGAUGGUUAUAGACAAUGACCUUUCAGGACUUGUCGACUUCACCCGGUUACCCUCCCCUACCCCUGAAAACAAGGACCUAUUCUUUGUGACAAGGAGCUCAGGGAUCCAACCUUCCCCAGCACGCAGCUCAAGUUAUUCUGAGACCAAUGAACCUGACCUGGGCAUGUCCAAUGGCAGCAAGAGUCUGUCCAUGGUGGACCUCCAGGACCCCCGCAGUCUGGAAGGUGGCCAAGGUCCCAGCUCCUCAGAUGGCCUGGGUGAAGGCCCAGGAUCAGGGGUAGGUUGGUCAGCCAGAAUCCCACAGGGUAAUAUCCCUGGAGGUCCCACCUUGAGGAGGCCCGGGCAGACCCCCACAACCAUGGGCACAGAAAGCACCCCAGGAAGACCCCCCCAGCUACUAGCCCCCCUAUCCUUCCAGAACCCAGUCUACCAGAUGGCGGCAUGCCUGCCUGUGUCCCCUCGCGGUAUGACAGACUCUGGUUCAGAGUGCCACAGCUCUGUCAGCUCCCACAGCAACAACGACGACGGACCAGCAGGAGGUAAACACUCCUUCUUGAAUCAUGGAGGAGGAGGAGGAGGGGGAGGGGGAGAGGUGGGGGGGAGCAGCGGGGACGAGUACACCAGGCGUUCAGGGGAAUUUAACCGCAGGCAGCUGUCCCUCACAGAAACACAGCACCAGCCCACCGUCCCCAGACAGAACAGCGCCGGCCCACAGCGGAGGAUAGACCAACCCCCGCCUCAGAGCAUCACACGAGGACGUACACCCCCGAAUCUCCUCAGUGGACCUUACCCGAGACCCUCCUCUGGCAACAUGAUGACAUCAUCACCAGACUGGCCAGGAAGUGGCGCUCGAUUACGACAGCAAUCCUCCUGCUCGAAAGGUGACAGUCCUGAGACCAAACAGAGGACCCAACACAAACAGGCCCCCUCCCCAGUGAACCCCAGUGCGCUGGACCGCACAGCAGCCUGGCUUUUGAAUAUGAAUGUGCAGUAUUUAGACCAUGAGGGGAUGGAGCCCGAGUCACUGAGAAACAGAGAGGAUCUGACUCAGGUGGAGAAGUACCAGCAGGAGAUUGCCAUGCUGCAGGAGAAGCUGCGGUCGUCCGUGCAGAAGCUGGAGGAGUACGAGGCCCGUCUGAAGGGUCAGGACGAACAGGCCCAGAAAGUUCUGAUGGAGUACCAGGCCCGGUUGGAGGAGUCAGAGGAGCGCCUGCGCAGACAGCAGGACGACAAAGACCUCCAGAUGAAGGGCAUCAUCAGCAGGUUAAUGUCGGUGGAAGAGGAGCUGAAGAAGGACCACUCAGACAUGCAAGCAGUGGUCGACUCUAAACAGAAGAUCAUCGACGCACAGGAGAAGCGCAUAGCAUCUUUGGAUGCCGCCAACGCCCGCCUGAUGAGCGCCCUGACCCAGCUGAAGGAGCGAUACAGCAUGCAGACCCGCAACGGCAUCUCGCCCACCAACCCUAGCAAACUGCAGAUCACUGAAAACGGAGAGUUCAGGAACAGCAGCAACUGCUAAACAGACUUGAGUGUACUGAGUGCCUGCGUGUGUACAGUUAUUACAGGAGAGAACGUCUACAUACAUGCAUGCAUGGAAGCAUGCCCAGUUUGAAAGACUGCAAGGGUGUGUGAGUUUUUAAAACAGACAUGAUGGAAGAAAUUUGGACACCAGUAAAGACAUCACUCAGUUUGUAGAGGCGGGACUGCAGCGUGAUGGACAGAUCACUUAGAGAUCACCAGACAGCCUUCAUUACCAGGGUGGCGGUUAGGGGAGGCAGGGGCGGAGCCUGUACAUAUGAAACUAUCCAUCGAACACUUUAUCAGUGGAUGUAUGCAGUCGCCGUAACAUUUCAAGACCCUGCAGACGCCGGGGACGAACCACUAAAUACCCACACACAGUGAAGACGGCCUGACAAGGUCACUCCAGAAACCUUCCUCUCUCUCUCUCUCUCUCUCUCUCUCUCUCUCUCUCUCUCUCUCUCUCUCUCAUUUCUCUCUCCAUUUCUCUAAAUCCUUCUCCCUCUUGACGACCAAGCGGACUCACUUAAAAACAAUAACAAGAAUGGAGGAUUAUCACUUCAGCUGUCCUGAGAGGAUUACUUUCUAGUGCUUUAUUUCAAAGUCAUUGUUUAUUAAGAACCAAAUAGGAGCUCAAGAAAAAAUAUUUUUAUUCCAAAACAAUCUUCUUAAUGUCAUUUGGGUGCGUUGGCCCCUCUCCUCCCCCUUCCCCCUCCCAUCCCUAUGUAGUGCACUUUGUGAGAAGCUAUUGGUACAGAAACGCCUUAAGUAAGAAACACACCUCGACUUUAUUCCCUCUUUCUGCAAAAAAAACUAAUCAAUGAAAAGGCACAACUUCUACUGUGGAUUUGUAAAGGAUACAAUAAGAAAUUGUACACACAUAAAUAUAUAAUGAACACUCAAAAUACAUUUUAUGUGAUACUAUAUAAAUGAAAUCUAAAAUAGAUAUAUGCAUUUUCUUUUCUUCUAUAGAGUAUACACACAUAUCUAUAUCUAUAUUUGAUAACCUCAAAUAUAUAAGCAGCCCUUUAUUAAGGAGGUAGAUCUACUUUUAUUUUUCUUCUCUUACGAUGAAAGACUGAAGUGUGUAGCUUGCUUUGGAGCCCUGGAGGAGGAGACCACACCGAGCAAUGAUCAGCACCAUCACCUCAGUCAUCCGCCCAAAUCCCCCCGAUGCUUGCUUAACUCUUUACAUCCAGUCAGAAGUACAUCCAAUAGGUUUCUGUACAGCAGUGAAGUCGCACCAUCAGGUUAUCGUCUCUGUUUCGGUGCUCAUCAUUGCUUUGAAAGUAAAGAUGAAUUUAAAAUCACGGUUUUGUGUUUAAUCUUGACUCGUGUGUGGUUUUCUCUUUCUAGUAGCACAAGAGCUUUGAGAGAUGUGUUCAGACACACUCGCUCAUACUAUACACUGGACUGCUGAGCCAUUGUAAGAAUGGUCUCCUAGGUUACAACAUUUCCUCUCUUAUCUGCUUCGUUCGUCAGUGGUAAUGAAGUUUGCUGCAUCCAAACUGUGACUCUAUUAACCCUUGUGUUAUCAUCCCUUUGUGUCUUUUUCUUACUCCCCACCACCGUCCUUCAUAAAACGUAUCACACGGCAGACUGACGUCACACUCGAGGUGUGAAGCUCAAAGGUUGUUGGCGUGUUGUUCUGCUGUGUUCCACGUUGAAAGUCAUGUAAUAUAGGAAAGUGUCCAAAUUGUGAAUGUUUCACCGCUUCUCUUUUAAUCAACUGCUAAAAAAAUGUAAUGGAUGGUGAAAACCAAAGCAUUGUUGUGCUAAAACUACAAGCUAAAGCAACAUAUGUGCUUACCAAUAAGCUACUCUGAGACAACGGCUGACAUUGGAAUUGAACAGCUUCCUAGCUAACAUUACGUUUACAUGAGAUGUUAUACAUGCGAUUGCAUCAGCAGCACAACUACAUCCUUUUAAUGACAACUUUGAGCUUCCCACACUGAUGCAAUUUAAAAAUGGCCGCCGUGUGAAUAUGGUGAAUUCCCUCAUUCUUCUGAAUGUGAAGGUGCUAACUCACAGUUGGUCUUAAAAUGAGGUUUGGUCCUACUCUCUUUUGGUGUCGCCCUCUGCUCCAUUCAACUUCUGUGCAUCUGUAUUUUGUAUAUUUUUGUAUUUGUUUUUGUUUUUUUCUUACCUGUAACAGACUGUGUACAUCAAGAGUGAGGCUCUGCAUGCUUCAUCCUUGCUCCAGAGCCAAUGGUAGCGUUGUUUUUACAAUUUGUUUUCUUUAAAUUGCCAAUUGGAAGGUUAUGAUGAUGACGAUGAAUGGUUGGCUGCAGAUAGUGAAUAUAUAUGAUUACUGAGUGCAUCAGGAAGGCUGGACAGCCUGGGAAAGUGUAAAUAAAAAGCUCACACUAUUUUUACCUAAUGUUAACAGAGCUUUUUGUAAAUGUAUCUUGUGCUCAAACUCUGCUGUAUCAUUAUGAUUAUUGUAAAUACAAAAUAUCUCAGUCAGUCAUAUGUCCUCAUCUGGUAGAACUAUACAAAGAAAAAUUAACCUGUCAGUGUUCUCCCUGUUAUAGCUAUUGGUUUUGUAUUUUAGAGUGUAGUAUCAUUAGCCAAAAAAGGAUUGCGUUGGAGUUUGACUCUUGGGAAGUUCUUGGAGGAUGCCUCCUUGGUUUCACACCAAGCUGAGUCCAGUCUCAGUGAGAUGAACAAGCACAAUCUCAUCAGUCUAGCUCUAUGCACUUUUCGUUCGAUUGGUUGGUGUUUCAAAAUCAAGCUCUUUUUGUGAAGCAAAGCACCUGUUUUAAUUGUCUGACAAACAUGGCGAAGUUAAAAAGUAAAGAAAGGAAUAUUUAUCAAAACUCAUCGAUAAACCCUGUUAUGAGAUAAACAUCAGAUAGCAUUUUAAAAAACAAGAUGAUUUCUUUUGACGUCAUAUCUUGACAGGCAUUCAGUCCUGAAAAAUAUCUGCAGAUGAAAGUGAGACUCCAAUACUUUUAACAAUCCUCCUACCAAUGGAUGAACUCGACGUAAUGCUGAAUCUGAUACUUACUGACACUGCUAGCUAAAAGCCUCAAUGCGGAUUCAUCUCUUUUGACCUGUUGCUUUGGCGGCUAAUGCUAGCUUACAUUUUUAAACUGUUGUUAAAGGCACAUUAAUGACUAUUCACUGCCUUUGAUUAUACUUCUCUCUAGCUGUUGUAUCAAAUCAUUUUAGCUAAAUCAUUUACUUUGCUUAGCAUUUAAGCUAAAUGCUAAGCUACUCUUUAGCAUUGACUCUAGCUAAACAGGCGAAACACUUUGAUGUCAUGCCUUCGGUCUUAAAUGGUCUGUAAUCACAAAUAGUCUUCUUCACUUGUGCUGCUGCUACAAUAACUUAUAAGCAACACUAGAUACUGAAAGGUUAGCUGAGGCCUAGCUUAGCAUUUAGCUGUGACCAUUGUUCAGCAAAAGUUUGUCAGUCUCACUUUGAUCUGUAGGGUAGGCGACAGUUAAAAAAAACUGAAUUAUUCAAAGACGUCAUGUUUAACACGUUAUUACAUCAAAAAAAAAAAAAAAAGAUGUGGUCUUAUUCUUCAUUUCAGAUUUGACUUCUCAGUUGAACUUUUUUUUUUUUUUUAAUCCCUUCCAUGUUCUCACCUCGGUUUCUUUUUUCAAUCGCUCUUCACACAGUACAGCCAGGACGACAGAAGAUCAAUCAAAACACAAAGCUAUAAAUAAAGUAAAAGAUGUUGUAUGUUUUCUAUUAUCUUGUAGAAAAUACUUUUGUAAGUAUGUUGAAAGUAUAAAGUAUUUGCUGGAUUCUGCUUCCUUUGACGACAGUGAUAAACAAUAAUGUACAGAGGAAAUUGUGUUGACAAAAUGUGGCUGUGCAAUUUAUGUACAUUUGCAACUAGACCUAUUAAAGUUUUAUUUAGCUAUUUUAAAAUCUCA